AUGUCGAAAUUACUGGCUAGAGCCAUUGUUGGUUUGCAAGGUGAUGGCGGUAAGGUGGAGAAUGUUACUGCUAAUAGUCAAAGGAAGAGGAGGUGGCGGCGGUGGUGGAGGAGGGGAGGAGGAGGUGGCCGUGGCCGUGGUAGUGGUAGUGGGGGUGGCGGAGGCGGUGGAGGAGGAGGAGGAGGUUACUCGUGGAGUUGGGGUGGUGGAGGUGGAGGUGGAGGUGGAGGUGGAGGUGGAGGCGGUGGGCGAGGUGGCGGUGGUGGAGGUAGUGGUUGGGGAUGGGGUGGAGGAGGAGGUGGGGGUGGGUGGUGGAAGUGGGGUUGCGGAGGCCAAGGCGGCGGAAACGGAGGAGGUAAAAGGCAUCAUCAUCGUGUGUAUCGGGGGACAGGGAGGUUCAGUGAGGAUCAUUACAAGCUAGGAGAGUUUGCACAAUGCAUGCGUAAAGGGCGGUGCAAAGGGAUGAGAUUGGACUGCCCUCUUCACUGUGGAGGACCUUGCUACUAUGACUGCCAAGAUAUGUGCAAGGCUCACUGUCGACGUCGAUGAUCAUCGUCCCUUCCAUGAGUGGAGUAUUGGUUAAUAUUCAGUUCCAUAAAACCCUAGGUCAUGUCUACUAGGCUUGCUAUGCAUUCAUUUGCAAUUCUAUUGAACUUAUUUUGUCGCAUCGUUUGCGUGUUUGAGAAUUAAUUUCAAGGUUUUAGACUAUUAUCUGGCUCGAAUGAUACAUCAAUGUAUGUUCAAAAUUCAAAUUCUCCCACAUCCUGAUGAAAAAUAAAAUAAAUACAUGUAGAAGUGCUACCAUGCUUCUUGAAAUACAACAAGUUACUUCAUGAAAUUGAUCGA